GGGUAGGGCUGGAUCUCCGGACUGGAAGCUGGGCGCUUCCUGUGGGUGUUCGCUGUUCAGAAUCUCUCCACCGGGUUGUAGAAUUCGGACAUCAUGGCAGAGAUAAUUCAGGAACGCAUAGAAGAACGGCUCCCAGAAUUGGAACAGCUGGAGCGCAUUGGACUGUUCAGUCAUGCGGAGAUUAAGGCUAUCAUUAAGAAGGCUUCCGAUCUAGAGUACAGAAUCCAGUGAAGAACCCCUUUCAAGGAAGACUUUAUCAAUUAUGUUCAAUAUGAAAUUAAUCUUCUGGAUCUGAUCCAGAGAAGAACACGCAUUGGAUAUUCAUUUAAGAAGGAUGAGAUUGAGAAUUCUAUUGUACACCGGGUACAAGGUGUUUUCCGAAGUGCCUCAGCAAAAUGGAAAGAUGAUGUUCAACUUUGGCUCUCCUAUGUGGUUUUUUGUAAGAAGUGGGCUGCUAAAACUCAACUUAGCAAGGUAUUCUCUGCCAUGUUGGCCAUUCAUUCCAACAAACCAGCUUUGUGGAUUAUGGCAGCCAAAUGGGAAAUGGAAGAUGGAUUGUCUUCAGAAAGUGCAAGGCAACUAUUUCUUCGGGCACUGCGCUUUCAUCCAGAGUGCCCAAAACUUUAUCAAGAAUACUUUAGGAUGGAGCUGAUGCAUGCUGAAAAACUGAGGAAGGAAAAGGAAGAAUUUGAAAAAGCCAGCAUGGACAUGGAGAAUCCUGAUUAUUCUGAAGAAAUCCUUAAGGGCGAGUUGGCACGGAUCAUCUACAAAAAUUCUGUAAGCAUAAUUAAAGAUGCAGAAUUUCACAUGUCACUGCUUUCAAUUGCACAGCUAUUUGACUUUGCCAAAUAUCUACAAAAAGAAAUUUAUGAUGACCUUCAGGCUCUACACACUGAUGAUCCUCUCCCUUGGGAUUAUGUGGCAAGGCGAGAAUUAGAGAUUGAGUCACAGACAGAAGAGCAGCCUACGACGAAACAAGCCAAAGCAGUACAGGUUGGCUGGAAGGAGGAGAGGUGCUGUGCUGUAUAUGAAGAGGCAGUGAAGACUCUGCCCACAGAGGCCAUGUGGAAGUGUUACAUACGAUUUACCAAGAAGACAAAUAGUGGAUUCCUCAGAGGGAAGAGGCUGGAAAGAACCAUGACUGCAUUCAGGAAGGCACAUGAACUUAAGCUUCUGCCAGAAUUCCAAUACACCUUGCUGAGUCAUAACUUCCUGAGAGAAGCUCUGGAGGUGGCAGUAGCUGGAACUGAAUUGUUUAGAGACUCUGGGACAAUGUGGCAGAUGAAGAUGCAGGUGCUAAUUGACUCAAAGAGCGCUGACAUAGCCAUGCAAUUUGAAGAAUCCUUUGUGCACCUCAAGCCCCAGGUUUGUCUGUCAUUGUGGAUUUCUUGGGCAGAGUGGAGUGAAGGUGUCAAAAGCCAAGAGGACACUGAGGCAGUCUUUAAGAAAACUCUGUUAGCUGUCAUUGGUGCCGACUCAGUAACCCUGAAGGAUAAGUACCUGGAUUGGGCUUAUCGAAAUGGUAGCUACAAAAAGGCCAGAGCUGUGUUUAAAAGUUUACAGGAGAGUCGUCCAUUUUCAGUUGACUUUUUCAGGAAAAUGAUUCAGUUUGAAAAGGAGCAAGAAUCCUUCAAUAUGGGAAAUAUAAGAGAAUAUUAUGAGAGAGUUUUGAGAGAGUUUGGAUCUGCAGAUUCUGAUCUUUGGAUGGAUUAUAUCAAAGAAGAAUUGAACCACCCCCUUGGUAGACCUGAGAACUGUGGACAGAUCUGGUGGCGAGCGAUGAAAAUGUUGCAGGGAGAGUCAGCAGAGGCAUUUGUAGCUAAACAUGCUAUGUAUCAGACUGGCCAUUUGUGAAGAGGAAGAAUACAGCCAGCUUUGUGAAAUAGUACUGCAAGCAAGCCCUGUGAGCAAAUUUGUAUUAUGAGUCCAUCUGAAUUUGCUCAGUGAUGGCAGACAAGAUGGCUGUCUGGUUUCGAGAUACACUUUAAUUUUAUGUUAGCUUGUUAGUCUUUUUUAAAAAUUAAAAAAAAAAACU